AUGUCAAGACCAUCUGCUCGUGCAUUUUCUCACGCAGGUCAGAAGAAUGUGCAUGGCUAGAAAAAAAGCGUUUUCCUAAGUAAUGCAUUUUAGAGCAAUCCCUAAAAUCGAGCAUUUACUUUGGUUGAAACCUCUACUGAUACAAGGGAUUAGUCUACCUAAAGAGUCAUUGGUGGUAACUAUUAACAGCAGCAAAACAGAAAUAUGAGUUUGGAUACAGUUAAACCAAACGAAAGAGGAAAAGUGCUAUUCGCUUCGAUGUUUUCCCUAAUGAUGAUUCAGACACUCUUUUUGAAUGUAGAAAAUAUACUCCCUACUUGGAUUCCUGAAAAUAUCCCUAGUAUGACUGCUCUUUAAAUAUCCUUUAUUAUGAGUGCAUUUGAAGUCUCUUAGCUGGUGUUCUCUCCUUUUAUUGGAAAGAAUUUGGAUAAGGUCGGAAGAAAAAACAUGAUUAUAAUAGGGGAUGUUAUAAUGAUCUGUUCUACAGUUGCAUUAGGAGGAACCUAAUGGCUUCUUGAUGCUAAUACAUACUUGGGAGUUUGUUUAGUACUUAGAUUCGUUCAAGGCAUCGGGGCAGCAAUGGUUUAAACAUCUUGCUAUGCAAUAAUUACUUUUGUAUUUUCAGAUAACAGAGAAAAAUAUAUUGGAAUGGCUGAAGCAGUUUCAGGUAUUGGCUUGAUGAUCGGUCCAGUAGUAGGAGGAUUUUUGUACACCUUGACCAAUUAUUUCUGGACUUUUGCUUUCUUCUCAGCUAUUCUCGCUGCCUCAGGAGUGCUAACUUUAAUUGUAACCCCCAACUCCUUGAAUUCUUCUCUUGGAGAGGAAGAAGAAGGUGUUGACUCUCAAGGGAAUGUAAAAGAAACAAAAAAGGUUACAUUUUCACUAUUUUUGCUUAACAAAAGAUGCGCUUUUGCUUUCAUUUCAACUUCUGUAGUUUGUCUAUUCAUGACAUACUCCUCCUCAUUCUUAACUAAUGUCCUCAAGUACGAUAAGGAUAUUCCGGAGCAAUAUAACGGAUUAAUAUUAGCCUUACCAUGCCUUACAUAUGCAAUCAGCUCCUCUCUUGUUAGUAUGGUUAUGGGAACAUUCCCAAGAAGGCUAUUUAUCUUGCUCGCUUUCUUGCUUCUAGCAGUAGCAAAUCUUAUGAUUGGCCCUUCAUUGAUGCUAGAUUUUCCAGAUACUAAUAAUUUAGUACUAACAGGAAUGGCCCUUUCAGGUGUUGCUUAGGGAUUUAUCUUUAUUCCACUACUUCCGGAUGCUAUUGAUGCAGUAUAUAUUAAGGAGAACAUGAUUGAAGGCUAAAAUGAACAUUUUGAUCAAUUAAUGAAUGAUUAUGUAGCUGGACUAUAUGGCACAUUUUUCUCUAUUGGUCAGAUUAUAGCGCCAAUACUUGGCGGUGCUUUGUAUGAUGCUGUGAAGUUUAGAGAAACGACUGAUUUCAUGGUGCUUGCAUGCAUUGGGUACUCAAUCAUCUACUUUGUAUUUAAUGUUGGAUUCAGAAUUUUCUCCUAAGAAAAGAAGAUCAGAGAGAAGCAAGAUAUCCUCCUGUAAAUGAUAGAAAAUAGAUAGAAUUCUGUAUAAAAUCAUACCGAUGACGAAGAAGAAAUCGAAGACUAUAUUAAAAAGCAAAGAAUGAAAUGGUCUAAGCAAUCAGCAUAAAAAGAUGAAGACAAAACCCUAACUGUUAUUCAGGAAACAUUAUUAGAUUAAUCUAGUAGCAUUAUUUAGCCGAAUCGCAAUAUGAAUAUCAACAACACUCUUACACUAUCUGCUAACGAUGAAUCAAAUAUCCUUAAAAAUAAUAGUACCAAAAUAGCAAAGUAUUCACCUCCUAAAAAUGAUAAUAAGAAAUGA